AUGACAACUCUUUAUAAUCAGAUUAAAGAAGAAUUGAUGAUUGUUGAAACUGUUAAUAAUUUCAACAUUCCUCCACUCUACCUCACGAAUGAUUUAACAGAACAAAAAGUUAAAACUACAUACAAAGCAUUAUUAAGAGCCUCUCAGUUGAAAAAUAGAAUGUUAACACUCGUCAACGCAUUUUAUUUGGGACAAAUAAUAGAAACUGAAACCUUAAGCCCUGCUGAACAUACUCAAUAUAGGAAUACGAUGACCUUAUAUUAUCGACAGGCUUCUAAACGAACCUUUUACCUCUUUAAAACAUUGGGAGUAGAACAAAUAGGAUGUUCCAAGCAAUUAACUCUUAGAAUGAUCUAUAAUUUGAAAGCCUAA